UAACAACUCUCCUCCUCCAAUCUAUCGUUUCCGCAAUCUGCGUCUGGACAAGUUUCCCACUUUGACAAUCGUCAUCGCUAAACAUAGGUAGCUCCAAAAGGUACCAGCAGAAAGCUGUCUCACAUACACCCACUACGCUGUGCCGUUGCCAGCGAUUUCACUGCUCUUUACACGUCACUCACCAAACAAAGCCAGCAAGGGCAAGGCAGUUUUAUUGAAACCCGACUGAGACGGCUUCUUGCAUCACAAACCUCUCUCUGCUAUAAACAAAGCCUUUCACAACAUACGGGAAGGCAAGGGACGCUGCAGCUCAUCACAAAGUUGCUGAAGAAUUUAGGUUUCAUUGACAAGAGACGCGCCAUGCAAUGGGCCCCUCAUUUCUGAAAGACCUGCGCCGAAAGUCAAAGGCCAGCUUCCGUACAGAGAAGUCGACGGACAGCAGCAAUCUCAGCAAUGGAACAGUGCCCACAUCAAAGUCCUCGUCGACUCUAGGGUCGGCCGUGGGCUCCCAGACACCGCCAGACCCAAUUCUCUCCUCCUAUUCCGAUUUCCAAGCACAAACAAAAUCGUCGCUCCCCUUGCGACCUCAGGUUUCAGCUUCACCAAGCCCUGGAAAGCGGAAUAGUAGUGUCUCUGGAAUGUCAGGGCUUGGAUCGCCAAAUGUACACAGUGCAUUGCCUAUAUCGCCGUAUGCACCGCGCAUACAGUCGAUCUCAGAUGGAGCAUGGGUGAACCAGAAAGUGCUCUUAAUCCAUGGCACUGUCGGUGAUGCAGAGGCACAAGCAAUUGAGGGGAACAUAAGCCUCAGCCGUCUUGACGAUGACUUCCCCGCCAUCAAUUGGCCGGUGACAGAGUCCCAUUUCAAGACUCUAGUAUAUCUCACCCCGGGUAUGAAUAAGUUGCGUUUCGAUUUCUCCUCCCCCAAACUCGCCAACAGCAACUCCACAAACCCUAUACACUCGACAUUCAUCACUAUCCACAUGAUGCCCAUGGCAAACUCGCCCCCAUUGCAAUUGGUAAUCCUCCUCGGCAAAGAUUCCCCCGCCACCUUCGACUCAACGCCAGCGCGCAUUGAGCAGGAAGGUAAUGGCCUUGAUGUCGCUAUAAGGAAAUUCCGGAUGGCGGCGUACUUAUGGCAGGCGUUUACGGCAGAGCAGAUGUUCAGGAAUAAGAUGGGCCGACGCUGUUUCCGAUUUGAAGAGGAGUGGCAGACUGGGACGGCGAAUUACCGGGACCGUGAGGAUGUCACUAUGAGAAACGAGGCCAAGAUCCAUGUUAUAAGGAGUAGUCGAACGGUUGCUGAGAUCCGAUCAAUUGACAGGGCCCAGCAGAACCCAUCGGCAAAAAUGAGCGGAGACCUGUUCAAGAUUGCGGGAGAGGCUGUGGAGGAGUACUUCAAGCCAAGUCCGGGUCAGCACCAAUAUGUGUCUGUUUUGAUAUUGGACUCGCACUGGGAUAAGUCGGCGAAUCUGGUCACAGGGCACGCGGCGCUUGGUGGUACGCAUGGCAGGAUUCAUAUGGGAAUUUUUGGCUCUCACGCCCUACACUCCUAUCCUACCAGCCUCGAGGAAGUGGUACCGGCAUUCACAGAUUGCACCCGAACAGACACCAACUUUGUUGCCAACGACGCAAAUCAGUCCGGGAGCAGCUGGGAAGCUGCCAACAUUGGCAUUGGCGCGCACCUCCACGAGACAGGCCACUUAUUCGGAUGCCCUCACCAGGAGAACGGUAUCAUGCUGCGAGACUACGUCACAUUCAACCGAACAUUUACCAGCCGAGAGCCGUUCUCCGUUCGGACGAAUGAAAAAGGCGGCCUCGUUCUUCCAAAAGACGAAUGUGGGUGGCAUCGCCUCGACUGCCUGCGCUUUAGGAACCAUCCAUGCUUCCGCGUAGUAAGUGAUCCAAAGUUGUGCGCGGAUAGGAGCAUCCACGCUUGGCCUGUGGAUAGCGGAAACGUCUUGAUUACCGCAAACUCUGGUGUUGCAUAUAUCGAGAUAUUCACCGAGGGCGACGAAACUUGCCAUAACUGGAUCGAAUACGGUGAUGGCAACGGCCGCGGCCCUAUCCAGCGGCAGGUUGUGCUGACGGAACUGGAUCUGCGCGGUAGGUUGCCCGACGAUCGGAAAUCGAGGAAAAUAAGGCUCGCUGUUAAAUCGAUCGGCGGUGAGAGCACGGAGAUAGAGGACUUUGGACUCCUGGCGUCGAAAGCUUCAAUGCUGAAGCUGAAGAAUGGACAAGUUGCUUUCCGUGGGGCGAAGCUGGGGCGUUCGCAGACGCAGGGCUCGGAGCCCCAGGAAAUCAUCUUUGAUGGCGUCCUGAAGCAGACGAAACUGCUCACGCAGAUAAAAUUUUACCAUGGGUUUGCUCUGGAUGGUAUUGAGUUUAUUUAUGAGGAUACCUCGACUCAACUUAUUGGGAAGAGAGGGGGGAAGGAAGGAGGGAGUGAUUUUUACCUGGAUACUCGCCGAGGAGAAUGCAUAUUGGGUUUCUACGUGCGCUCAGGCUUCUGGAUUGAUGGCAUCCAACUCCUAACCAGCUGCGGUCGUAAAUCAGAAAUCUAUGGCAAUGCACAUGGUGGAUCUGGGCAUACUUUAAUACCGCCGCGGGGAUACUCGGUGGCGGGGAUUUCGGGUUCUUGUGGGCAGUGGAUGGAUGGGCUGUCUCUUAUUAUCACGCGCUGAAGUGGUUUUAUCCAGGCGAGGGGUGAGGGUAAUUACGAUAACGAGCGAGCAGAGCGACACGGUGAUGAAGGCUUGAACGGUGCGUUCGAAGAUCUCCAUGUCUGGGAGGAGGAUUUCAGACCGCUCCCUAUGGGAUGGGUGCGGUGCGUACAUAUUUGUCGAUCUCAGAGCGGCAACCCGGGUUGAUGCCGCUGUAUAAUAAAUUGUACCCGCCUCUGAUCGGCGGGUUGGGGGGUUGGGUUUGUUGGGCCGGGUCUCUAGACUGGAUGGGAAGGGGUUUUAUGAAUGGGUAAUGAGCUACUAUACUGACUGGAGUUUUUGAUAAUUAUGGAUUGGAUUGAAUUGGGGGUGAGGGUAGAUAAACCGGUAACAAACAAAAGACGAAUCUGUCUAUACUGCAUUUC